AUGACCGAUCAACUCUUGAAGCAACAUGAAGAACGGAUGAAAAAGUUUGAAGAAUAUCGGAAAAAUGAGUUGGAUGAAGCUGUGAGAGUUGAGAGAAUUCUCAAUGAACAUGUAGGUUUUUGAUUGUUUUAUCACUGAAUAUUUGAAUUGUAUAUAGAUUCAAAAACUUGAAAACCAAUACACGGAACUUCGCCAAAAACAUGUUAUACAAAUAACUGAUGAGAUGAAAGAAAAUGCUGAAAUUCUGAAGAAUAUGGGAAUCGAGAAAAUUCGAGCAAUCGAACAAAUCGAAGAAACUUCAAUUGGUGUUGAGGCUUUGGUUGGUGAGAUGAGAAUAACGAAUGAGAUGUCGAAAAAUUUGAAGACAAAUGCUUUGAGUGCGGAUGUGAAUUUGAACAAUUAUGCGAGACAUUUUGAAGAAUUACAAAAGUUGGCAGCGAAAAUUGAGGAAACAUUGACACAAUCACUUGAGAGACGAGUUACUUUUGAAUUACUUCGCGAUCAAAUCAACGAAAAACAUGUGCUUCUUUCAAGAUUUAUAGUUUUUGAUAAAGCGGAUCAAUAUUUUGAGAAACGAAAGGAAGUGAGCAAAACAAUUGUGAAACAACUUGAUGAAGUUAUUCCAAUCUUUGAACCAAUUUUGGAAUAUAUUGAUCACAUUGAAAAUGUUGAAGUUCGAAAUUCUAUUGUACCUUUGAUUGAAACAAUUUCAACAACAAUGAAACAAAUGGUUCAAUUAUUUUUGAGUCUUCCAAAAGUUGAAGAAGCAAAAUAUUUGGAAAAUACCAUUCAAGAAGAAAUGAAGAGUAUUGAAUCGAAUGUUGUUCGAAAUAUUCUCAAGGUUGGUUUUUUGAGUAGCUAAUCUAUAGAUUAUCGAAAAACAAAUUUCAGAGUGUUCACAAAGAAUUGGAAAAUUAA